UAGACAGAAUAGGCUUCCAAAGGAUGUAGGGGGUGUGUGUGUGUGUGUGUAUGUAGGCGGGAGGUACAGUACGGCCACCAAAUGGGUGUGGUAUCACAAGCCGCUGGCCCUGCAGCCCCCGUCCUUCUCCAGCAUGUGAAGACGAGAGAGAGAGCGGGAGCAGGAUGGAAGGAAGGAGAAGGAGAGAAACGAAGGAGAAGAGGAAGGCGAGGAAAGGGCCAGGCAGCAGCUGGAAGGGCAGAAGGUCUCGCAGCAGGAGGCAGGCUGCUCUGCGCCGCCCCCGCCCUGCUCCACCCCCGGCGGGGCGGGCCGGGCCGGCUGCGGCGCUGCGGAAGCGGAGGAGGGCGGCACAGGCAAGGAGAGCGGAGCGGCCCUGGCCGGCUCGGGGCUUAUUCCGUGUCGGCCCCGGCGCGGGGGAGGCGGGGCGCGCAGAGGAGCCCGGCCCGCUGUAAACACCCUCCCGAGAGGCCGCCGCGGGGCUCCAUGGAGACGCAGGGGAAGCCCCCGCCGCCCGGCAGCCAGCGGGGGCCGGUGCUGCACAUCGUGGUGGUCGGGUUCCACCACAAGAAGGGCUGCCAGGUUGAAUUCUCCUAUCCUCCCCUCCUCUCAGGAGAAGGACAUGACAGCCACAGUUUACCAGAAGAAUGGAAAUACUUGCCUUUCCUUGCCUUGCCAGAUGGAGCUCACAACUAUCAAGAAGAUACUGUGUUUUUCCACUUGCCACCAAGAUGUGGAGAUCGAACCACAAUAUACGGUGUCUCUUGCUAUAGGCAGAUUGAAGCCAAGGCACUGAAAGUGCGGCAAGCAGAUGUCACCCGAGAAACAGUACAGAAAAGUGUCUGUGUUCUAAGUCAGCUGCCUUUGUAUGGAUUACUUCAAGCAAAGCUACAGCUCAUUACUCAUGCCUAUUUUGAAGAAAAAGACUUCUCACAAAUUUCAAUUCUUAAGGAACUUUAUGAGCAUAUGAAUAGCUCUUUGGGCGGAACUACACUGGAGGGGUCACAAGUUUAUCUUGGUCUGUCUCCUCGAGAUCUUGUCCUUCAGUUUAGACACAAGAUCUUAAUUCUUUUUAAAUUGAUUCUUCUAGAGAAAAAGGUGUUGUUUUAUAUUUCUCCAGUAAAUAGACUGGUGGGAGCACUGAUGACUGUCUUGUCUCUCUUUCCUGGUAUGAUUGAACAUGGUCUUACUGACAGUUCACAGUACAGACCAAGAAAGAGUGUAUCAGAGGAUACUGGCUUGCGGGAAGUUACACCCCCUUUAGAUGAUUAUGUUUCUGUGUCUGCUGCUGACAUUUCAAAUACAAACUCAGGAAUGGGUGAGGAAGGCAGGAAGCUAUCAGGAAACCAUGUGCGGGAGGCUCAGAAAACAGAUGUGCCUUUAUCCCAUUCUGAAAAGAAUUGCAAUGGAUCACAGUCCUCCAAUGGCACGGGACAACAUUUGAAACCUCCUUCACGCACUUCUCCAGAGUCUUCUGAAAGCGACUGGGAGACCUUGGAUCCUAGUAUUUUGGAUGAUCCCAACUUGAAAGAAGGAGAACAUGAAAAUCUGACAUCAGAACAGACUGAAAUCCUUUCAAAGGAAUGCAUAACAUCGGAAAGCCCUCCAAUUACUGUGCAAUCUCAGGCUAAAACAGGACAUGUGGUUCUUGUUCCAGGACUGAUAUCGGGGUUGGAGGAGGACCAGUAUGGCAUGCCAUUGGCUAUUUUUACUAAGGGUUACCUUUGCUUGCCAUACAUGGCACUGCAACAGCAUCACCUCCUCUCUGAUGUAACAGUUCGUGGCUUUGUUGCGGGAGCCACCAACAUCCUGUUCCGUCAGCAGAAGCAUCUAAGUGAUGCAAUUGUGGAAAUAGAGGAAGCCCUUGUCCAAAUCCAUGAUCCAGAACUCAGGAAGAUCCUGAACCUCACAACUGCUGACCUGAGAUUUGCAGACUACUUGGUGAAGCAUGUAACUGAGAACAGGGAUGAUGUUUUCCUCGAUGGCACCGGUUGGGAGGGAGGAGACGAGUGGAUCAGGGCUCAGUUUGGUGCCUAUCUUCAUGCAUUGCUUGCUGCUGUGCUGCAGCCAGAUAACGAAAAGAUAUUGUCGGACUUCGGAACAGCCUUUGUAGCAACUUGGAAAAAUACACACAACUACAGAGUAUGGAACAGCAACAAGCAUCCUGCUCUUGCAGAGGUAAAUUCUAGUGGAGGACAACCAGCAAAUAAAACCAUUCUGUUUUUUCAUUAUGGGAAAAAUGGCAAAAUUAGAACACUAUAUUUUUCCCCUUACAGCCACCCAUUCCAGGGGCAAUACUCUGUAUCAGACGUAAAGUUAAGAUUAUCACACUCUGUCCAGAACAGUGAACGUGGCAAGAAAAUUGGAACUGCCAUGGUCAAUACCAGCCGGAAUGUUAUGCAAACAGGAAAAGCCGUAGGUCAGUCAGUAGGAGGGGCCUUCACAAAUGCAAAAUCAGCCAUGUCUUCGUGGCUUUCCACUUUUACCCAGUCAACACAAGGCCUCGGGGACUAAAAGUAGAGUCUGAAUACAGACUUUGCACUCUGCUGUUGAGUAUUUCAGUUGUAUCAGUUUCUCUCAGCUGUACAAAGACUGCUCCAAAAUGAGGUAUGGAGACUUCUUAGUCAUGGAGGACCAAAAUGCAGUGUGUUUGUUUACAGAGAAAAAUGGAAUGGUUACCCUUUGGUUUUACUAGAAGUAUGAAUAUCUCCAAACAGAGCAUGAAGAAUGGCAUGUAAAGCUCUUUCACAGUACAUUAGUUGUGUUUUUAAAUGACUACUUUUGUUUAAAUCUGAGCCUUUAUACUUUAGCAAACAGGGUUUGUUGCAAGCAAAAUGAUAGGUUUGAAUUCAGAUUUGUACAUUGUGGAUGGUGAUAUCUAUGUAAAUUAGUUGUAUUUUACAAUUCAAAUAGUCAAACAUUUGCUGUAAUGUUUGUUAGGAUGAAGCAGUAUAAUAAUGCUGAUUCACAUUUUAGGUUGGAUCUGAGGGCAUGUCUGUGAACUUAAUGAUGCAAGCCACAUUGAAACCCUUCUUAGUUAAGCUUGCUUUAAGUUCCAAACUAAAUUCAACACUGGUGUAGAUUGAGACUGUUUUUGAUUUGUGACUUUCUUUCCCCCCAUCAUAUACAUGUAUUGUAUUCAUCUGUAUCUAACUUUCUUCUCUGUACCUGCAGACAUGAGAGAGUAGACAAUUGUGCAAUCAGUUUUUUUUAUAUUGUCCUCACUCAUUUCAUAGGGCAGAAUAUAAAAUCUCUUUCCUAACACUGAAUAGUGUUGCCACCAUACUUACCCUAGGACAUAAGAGAAAUCUCUUCCAGCUGAAGAGAUUUCUUUACAUCAUUCUUUAGGGAAAAUGUCAACAAAAUAGUUGGCUCUCUGAGAUCAAAAAUUAGAGGCCAUAGGCAACUCUGUGCAGACCUGCUCUACUUAUAAAUACAGUUUGUGUGUAUGUGCGUAUGCACACACACUGUGUUAAAACUGUCCCGAAAACUAACACAGUAGUUAACAAACUCUUGAAUUCUUUUUGUUGCAAGGCAGGCCAUGAAGACCCUUAUGAGUAAAAAUUGGCCAGGUAGAAGACUCUUUCAUUUAGUCAGGGAGUAUCCAUUUCACAAAACUGUUUUUGCAUGAGGAAAGAGAGGCCUCUAUUUUAAGAAUAACUGAAGCAGCUGAGUCACAACAUUAAAUAAGAUAGCAUAGCUCUUUGUACUACUUGGUGUGAUACUCCUGUAUUUUGUAGACAUUCUGCAUGUGUUGUAAUCGGUAUAGGUAUUUAUCCUAAAACUGGAGCAUUUCCUGUUCUUCAGACCUGAAUCUUUACUAUUACUUCCAGUGAUAUAUGCCUGCUAGUACCUUGAUAUGAUACCUAUUAACAUACUUUCAAAUUUGUAUUUUCUAAAUUAUAUUAACAAAAAUUCCCACGUUAAAUAGUGAAGAGAUUCUCAUAGCAUGAAAUCAUGACACCACAAAGAUCAGUGGGAGUUUUGCCAUUCUCUUCCAAGGGGCCAGGAUUUCCCCGCACAUUUAUCUUGGACAUCCCUACUCUUGUAGUUCUGUAAGUAGGCAUGGGCUAAGUUGGUUGGAGCUUCCACGAGCUUUUCACCUUUCAUUUUUUGGGGUUAAACGAAGAGAGUAUCUAAUGCUCCUUAUGCAACUCUUUACAUAAGGAAUUAAAAUUAAUAACUUGUAUUUGAAAAGCUGUUGAAAGCCAUGCUUUCAUCGACCAAUUACUUUUCCGCCAACUUCUCUGUUCCAGUGUUGUUGUUGUAAUUCUAUUUUUAGCUUUGCUGCUUCCCUUUUAACAGUCUAAAAUAACAUUAUAGCUUUUUUUUUUUUUUUUAAAGAUGAUCAAUUUGUUAAGCUAAAUUACAAGUAGAAAAGCCAUGGAUUAAACUGAAAGCUUACAGCUACAUGAGUAGUUUCAUUUGAAAAGCAAAGCAAGUAACAUCUCUAGAGAGCUGUACAAUUUGUUUUUUUUUCUGCUUGUCACACCAGCAAACAUCUACCUUCUACUGAAAUACAACUGGCACAUACUAAUAAGUGUAAACUUUGUUGCUUUCAGACUGUAUAUAUAAAUUUUGUUCUGUAACUUCUGCUGCAGUACUUGGAUAUUGUUCAGCUCCCUGUGCCCUCUUGCUUUCUUUUGCAUUAUUCAGUCUUCCCUUAAUAGAUGCUUUUAUCUUCAUAGAGCCUGGGGCAUACCCUAUGCCACAUGCAUAUCUCUAAUAGAGUUAGUUUAGGUGUGUGAUCAAAAAAGCUUUUCUUGGUUCCUAAUUAGCGUCUACAGAGUUUUCCAGUUUAGUCUGGAGAUUAGAAAACAGCAAUUUGCUAUUGGGAGACACUUUUGUGAAGCAGUAAACAAUAUGUAUACUGUUGGCCUGUCUCUCUCGUAGUUGAACUUUUUCUUAUAGUAAAGGCAGUCUGUGGCCUCUGGAACUUGAGCACCCAUGUUGACCACCUCUGGGACUUAAGCAUUCUAGUGCAGUUUAGGCUAGGAGCUUGGCAAGUAGCUAGGAUUUACAGGUACAAAGCGUAGAAACGGGGGCACUCUUCUCUGUAUUUUUUUUUUUUAAUACCCUUGUGUCUCUCUGCUAUCCCUCCUUCACUUUUCUUCCUUCUGACCCGAUCCUGUGUCUCCCCUUCCUCAAGAACAGGGGCUCAGAAUGUCUGAGGACUGCUCAGAGUUCUUUAUUCUGUGUUGUUUCUGGUCGAUAUUCUCUGCAACAGCAGGCACGUGCUGCUGUGUAGUGGGACUUGCAGUACUCCAGGAUCCUGCUGUCAUUGGCAAUCAUUGUCUAGGACAGGUGCUCAAAACAGCCUCUCCCUCCCCACAAUCUUGCCAGAGUUAUGGGAUUAGGGGUACAGGCUUCAUCAAGAGUAUUUUCCUUUCUUCUAUCCCUCAAAAGUUGAUCCAAGAUAUAAUACUGACAGCCUUCAUUUCUGCCCCUAGGGUGAAUGAUGCGCACGAAAUAGGAGGAAGCUAUUGUAGUAUAUAUUCUUUUUAAUCCUCUUUCAGAUGAGCUUCCUUCUAGCAAUUUGGACAGAAUUUUCAGACUUAUUGCAGUGGCUGUAGGUGAAGUGAUUAUUAGCAUUUAUGCUCAUUUGAACAGCCACCUUAAUUCCUUCUGGGCAGUAGAGCAUGCAGCCACCAAAAUUAACAAACAAACUAUACAAAUGAAUAAGUCCUUAAGCUUUCUUAAAUUAACAGUUGUAGUAACCACUCUAGUAAAUCUCAGACAAACUCCAAACUGUGUUUCCACCCUUCUAUUUAUUUAGAUGUCUUAAAUCCCCAGUAUGAACAUAAAACCAGUCCAAAGAGACUAACGAAGAGAUACCUCAUCUUGAAGAGUUGGAGUGCCAUUUCUUCACUACCUAGUUUCUGGGCCACAGUAUAACUUUGAAGACACUGCCCGUAAUGACUGAGCUGUGACAUUGUCGUUUAGCAUGUCUGGAUGUCACUCCACGGUUUGGUGGCUGUUUGUGAUUCCUCUCCAAUAUUUUCUCUCUUCCCACUUCCUGGCUGCGUGAGUGCUCUUGUAUGUGCCAAAAAGCAUGGGGAGCUGUCCUGGUGAUCAGACCUAUAGGAUAUAUAUGAAUCGCAUACAAGUCCUAAAGAGAGAGACUGAGUACCACUGACAGUGAAAUUCUGAUGGACUCAAAUGUUCACCUUUCUUUCAUCAGUCACUUGAUGUCAUAACUAUAAAAUUUUUGCACAUCUGACAUUAGAUCAUCUUAAAUGUUACUCCAUUUUAAUAAAUAGCAUUUGAGAAUCAAUCUUCUAGUGCAGUGGUUCCCAAACUUGUUCCGCUGCUUGUGCAGGGAAGGCCCCUGGCGAGCCGGGCCAGUUUGUUUACCUGCUGCGUCGGCAGGUUCAGCUGAUCGUGGCUCCCAGUGUCCGCGGUUCGCUGCACCAGGCCAAUGGGAGCUGCUGGAAGCGGCGUGGGAUGAGGGACGUACUGGCCGCUGCUUCCAGCAGCCCCCAUUGGCCUGGAGCAGCGAACCGUGGCCAGUGGGAGCCGCGAUCGGCCGAACCUGUGGACGCGGCAGGUAAAAAAAGCAGCCUGGCCCGCCAGGGGCUUUCCCUGCACAAGUGGUGGAACAAGUUUGGGAACCACUGCACUAGUGUAUUUCCCUCAUUUCACCUUCUACAGUGUUUUAAGCAUUGUUGUAAUUUAAACUUAAUAUUUUACCUAAAUAAAAACUUCUGAUUUCAGCCAAAAAAUUAUUAUUAGCAGAUAAACUGUUCUGUGGAAGUAUUUAAUUGUAAAAGUGAAAGUGUAAAUGGAAUUUUUAAAAAUGAAAACCUAGUAUUUGAUAACUCUACACUCAUUAAAAAUCACAACCAGAUAUAGUAUAUAUGUGUGGCUUGGAAAUAAAUAGAUCAAGCCUGUUUAAAAGCUUUUACUGUCUGCUCAGAAAGCUGUUUUAUUGGAAGAAUUUAUAAAUACCUAUAGAUAAGUCAUUUAAUGAGAUUAAUACUUGACACAGAUAGUUGUCCAUCAUUCAAUGACUGAUCUUAAGCCAUUAAUCUCUGAAACUGGUGAAAUAUGAAAAUCAACAUUAGUUUUACUGAUUAUUCUUGUAAUAUCAUAAUGAGGCCAACUUGUGAGAAACUGUAGCUUAUAGUCCAUUUAUACUAACUACUUGGUAAGAGAUUGCUUUUGCAGAUUUGGGGUAAUAGGAUAGUUCAGUGUGACUUUUUGAAAUGUAAAUACUUGUUUCAUCUAUUUGUGAGCUAGUAUUUUUUCCCCAAGUUUCCAGAAGUGACUGAACUGUUACAUCUCGUCAAGAGCUUUCCACUGAAGAGAAGUAAAACAAUUUAAAACUAGAUACAGCCUCCUAAAAGUUAACUUUAAAUUAAACAGCCUCAUAAAAAUGUAGAGAUUAUUGAGCAUUUUAAAUAUCUUGUCAAAUGCAGGAGGCUCCAAGUGACUCUCGGCAAUCAGUACAACUUGCACUGGGUUGGCAGCAAUAAUGUUCUUCCCCCUCAUUUGCUUUAUGUAACAUUAAGGGUGUCUUUUUGUUGUUGUUUUUAAUUUCUUCAAACAUGCUGAAGACUCUGAUCAAGGUAAAUCUUGAAGCCAUUCUCAAAUAUAUAGAGUUUUGAUAAGUAAUUCGUUUCCAUUAGGAAGGGAAAGAAAAUAACUCCCUUGAAUAACAACUUCCAAAUCUGAAAGAUAUGCAUGUAUAAAUAAGUCUAAUAUUUUGUAAAAUUGUGUUGCCUUUGUAUUUGUCUACCUUUCUACUGACUCUCUGAAAGAAAAUAUAUAUUUAAACUGUGUAAAUGACAGGGUUAUAGCUUGUUUUUUAGUAUAUUUAUAACUGAUCUCUUGCAUGUAUUAUUUUUCAUUAUUGCACAUUUCAGAAAUGUAGAGAAUGUGCACCUAUCCAUUUCAAGCCAGAAAAAAAUUCUGCACUCCAUUACAAUUCCCAGUAUUUCAGGUUUUCAUAGAGAGUCCCUUCAUGGAGAUAUGAUAAAGUGCUAAGUUUUUUUAAUGUUAAUAUGGAAUAGAAAUUAACAAAAGGGCUUAAGUGACUCUCCGGUUUUUACUGUUUGAAUUUCUUCUUUUAUUUGUUACCAGAUACACAGGAAGUAGUUUAUUAAAGAAACAUUCUGCAAAUUGUUAUAAGAAUUCAGUGUCAUUGAACAACUGUCAAUUUAAAUCUGAUCACUUUAUUGGGUAUAAAGUAAUGUGUGCUGUAGUAUGAACCAGUUACCAUGCAUAACAUCUGAUCAUAAAACAGUUUAGUAUUCUUUGCUGCUAUUGUAGACUUUGUAAUUUUAGCUAGACAGUUUGUCAAAUCCUUUACCUCUGUGACUGUUUUAAAAUCAAAUCAUUGCCUAAAUCAUAUACUGUGUUGAAAUGAUUCCAUUGUAUAUUUUGUUCUAAAAGUGAUAGAAAAUAAAAUUGUUCUGUUUA